AUGAGUUCUAAUAACGAUCACCUAUUGGCUAAUCUGAAUGCUUUCAAGAGUAAGGUGAAAUCUUCACCUGUUCUUCCUAAUAAAACGGCUUCUCCUGGGCCAAAUACGACAAAUCAGACACCAUCCCCCAAGAAAAGGCCAGGAUCUCAAACCGACGGUGGUGCAAAGAAGAGAUUGGACACUAGGAUUAAAGAAGAGGAUAUUGACGAAGACGAAGAUGAUUCAGAUGAUGGAUCUUCUAACAAGAAGGUAAGACCUGGAUCCAUCGCUGCUGCUGCAUUACAGGCGAGUCAAUCUGACAUCUCCAAAUCACACGAUUCCUCCAAACUACUGUGGGCAACAGAAUACAUUCAGAAGAAAGGUAAACCUGUUCAACUUAAUGAGUUGAUGGAUUACCUAUCUAUUAGGAAAGAUGAUAAGAUUUUAGAACUUCUAAAGAAAUUGGAUAAAAUCGGAUAUGAUCCCAAGAAGGCAACUUUCAAAUAUAUCUCCACUUAUGAUGUGCAUAGUGCUCAAGAGCUAUUGAAUCUACUGAGAUCACAGGUGACAUUCAAGGGAAUUUCUUGUAAGGAGUUGAAAGACGGUUGGCCCCAAUGUGAUGAAACUAUAAACGAAUUAGAAGAGGAUUCAAAAAUUCUAGUACUGAGGACAAAGAAAGAUCGUACUCCACGUUACGUCUGGUAUAACAAUGGACCUGAGUUGGAUCGUAUUGGUGAAGACUUUGUUCUUAUGUGGGAGAACGUUCAAUUGCCACAAUUUGCAGAGUUACCGCGUAAAUUGCAAGACCUUGGUCUGAAACCUGCAAGUGUUGAUCCUGCGACGGUAAAGAGACAAACAACAAGAGUGGAAGUCAAGAAGAAAAGACAAAGAAGGGGGAAAAUUACCAAUACACAUAUGGCUGGUGUUUUGAAGGACUACUCACAGGGCGUUUAA